AUUCAUAGCUCGGAGAGAGCUGGAGCUGGUUGGAUCAUGGCUGCAAAUGCGGGGGAGAAAGCGAGGCUGUGGCCUGUGGAAAAAUACGCUCGCUUCGUCUCCAACCAGCAGACUAGCGGUGGUACAGGCUUAACAGCAAAAAAGAGCGACGGGAUUUGGCAGCACUAUUCCUCUAAUGAAGGAAGCAUCCAGCUAGCUCUGGUGGAGUCCAAUCAUCUCAUGAUCUCCAGCGGAACAAUGAUAUUUACGGACAGUCGGCGUUUCAGAGUGAAGUUUGCACCCAUUCCGCCGUCGACUGCGGCAUUUGAAACUUGCCGACAGUUUUCCGCGGUCAUGGCACCUGUCGUCCUAUCAAUCAGGGAGAUGGAAGCUGGUGGUUUUGCCGCACGUGAUAUGGGCACAAGUGCACACGAUAAGGUUGGAAGCACACCGUGUGCUCUCGAGGGAGAUUCGCAGUUUUUGGGCUACGGAGAAGAUUUCGAGUCGACACAAGUAAUUUCAGAGACUCAGAGUUCAGAGAUGCCAAAUAUGACAGCUGGAACUGGUCCCAUUCUAAUACCAGAUGAGUCGAGUCUCAUUCCCGUUCCAGACAUCGGAAAGGUGGUGCAGACUCAGGGAAAAUCUCUAGGAAGGGCGUAUGCUGACACAAAUCUUCCGACGGAGCAGCUGGGACAGUUCAUUCGACUCUGCCUGACCGACGCCAACUUUCCCGCCUUUGUGGAGUCCGUGGAGAGGGAGCUCAACUGCAUGACUAACACUUGA